UACAGUCAAAAUGGGCGGCUCACCCAUCUCUUGCUUGUAGUUUCCGUUUUUCAUUUCCUUCUGCAGAAGAAAUCAAUGUUACAGUUUCUAACUAAACAACAUCUGCUACAAGUUUGGUUCUGUCCAUAUACAGGCGCUGCCCUUGAACGACAUUCCGAUAUGUUCCAGAUUCGCAUGUUACGAAUCAAUGAAUCCAAUUCUCUACUUGAAUUCUUGGGACUCUAACAGCUGAUCAUUAACUAUAAAUUUCACAAAAGAAGAAGAAGAAGACGAGGAAGAAGAAGAAGAGAAGGAAGAGGAGGGGGAGAGAAGAGAUAUUAGAACUAACAUGUCAGACGAGGAAACCAAUUUACGGUCCUUUGCAUUAGCAAUUUUCUUAAUCUUGAUCCCAGGUGUGCUGGUUGCUGGAGAUUCUCUGGAAACAGACAAAGAUGUCUUACUGAAUUUGAAAUCAUUUCUCCAAGAAAAAAAUCUCGUUAACCGAGGGAAAUACUCGGAGUGGAGCAAACAGAGCUCAAAUAACCCGUGCGAUUGGCCGGGAAUAAUAUGUAGUCCCAUUAACGGCACAACUGCAAGAGUUACUGGCAUCAACCUGUCCGACAACCACAUCUCGGGCGAGAUAUUCAGAAACUUCUCAUUGCUAACUGAACUCUCCUACCUUGAUCUUUCAAGAAACACUCUCGGUGGAAUGAUCACUGAGGACUUGAGCCGCUGCCAGAAGUUAGUGCAUCUCAAUCUCUCCCAUAAUAUCUUUGAAGGAGAGCUGAACUUGACCGGAUUGAGCAAACUGGAGAAGCUUGAUUUGUCUGUCAACAGAUUUUCUGGGGAGGUACGGUUGGUCAUCCCAGUAAUUUGCGACAAUUUGAUUGUGAUGAACAUAUCGUCGAAUAAUUUCACUGGUAGCAUGAAUGGUAGCUUUGAUGCAUGCUCGAUGCUGAAGCACUUGGAUUUGAGCUCAAACAGGAUAAGUGGGGAGUUAUGGGUUGGCUUUGCAAGGUUGCUAGAGUUUUCUGUGGCCGAAAAUUCUUUCACAGUGUCACUUUCGUCGUCCAUGUUCACUGAUGUCUGCAGCUUGCACGUUUUAGACCUGUCUGAGAAUGGUUUUGUUGGUGAUGUUCCAAGGGAAAUAUCAAAGUGUCGAAAUAUUGUUAUCUUGAAUCUGUCGGUGAAUAAUUUUACAGGAAAAAUACCGGCUGAGAUAGGAUCGAUUCCGAGUCUUGAAGCUUUGUACUUGGGGAGUAACAAGUUUUCCAAUAGCAUCCCUGAUUCGCUAUUGAACUUGAAUAACUUGACCUUCUUAGAUUUGAGCAAAAACAAUUUUGGGGGAGUUAUACAAGAGAUUUUUGGCAAAUUCAAACAGAUUACAUCUCUUGUGUUGCACGGGAAUGCAUAUACUGAUGGAAUAUAUUCGUCUGGAAUCUUAAAGCUACCUCGUAUUUCAAGAUUAGACCUUAGCUGCAACAAGUUUUCAAGUUCUCUACCAGUUGAAAUCUCAGAAAUGCCAAGUUUGAACUUCUUGAUCCUUGCUUACAAUCAGUUUUCGGGGACUAUACCGCCACAAUUUGGAAACUUGAGCCGCCUGCAAGCCCUGGACCUCUCUUUUAACAGGCUAACUGGAACAAUACCUCCCACCCUAGGAAAAUUGAGUACACUCUUGUGGUUGAUGCUGGCAAACAAUUCACUGACGGGUGGAAUUCCACCGGAGCUGGGAAAUUGCUCGAGUUUGUUGUGGUUAAACCUUGCCAACAACCAGCUUUCUGGAAAAAUCCCGCCAGAAUUGGCGAAUAUUGGUCGAAAUGCCAUGCCUACUUUUGAAUCUAAUAAACGGGAAAUUAAUCGGAUUAAUGCUAACUCAGGGGAGUGUUUGACAAUGAAAAGGUGGAUUCCUGCAGACUACCCUCCUUUCAGUUUUGUGUAUUCCAUCCUUACAAGAAAGAGUUGCAGAAGCAUAUGGGAAAAGUUACUUCAAGGAAGUGGCCUUUUCCCAUUAUGUGUAGCCGGAUCAUCAGUCCGGAGCUUUCAAAUCUCUGGUUAUGUUCAACUAAGUGGGAAUAUGCUUUCAGGUGAAGUCCCUCCAGAUAUUGGCAAGAUGCAGAAUUUCAGUUUGUUGCAUCUGGGUAACAAUGAAUUCAGUGGGAAACUCCCUUUCCAGAUUGGACAAAUGCCUCUUGUAGUACUAAAUGUCACCAGGAACAAGUUUUCGGGUGAAAUCCCCGUGGAAAUUGGUGGCAUUACAUGCCUACAAGAUCUGGAUUUGUCUUUCAAUAAUUUCUCUGGUACGUUCCCUGUGAGCUUGAGCAACUUAACUGACCUCAGCAAGUUCAAUAUCUCAUACAACCCAUUUAUCUCCGGUGCAAUCCCAACCACGGGGCAAUUAACAACUUUUGAGGAUUCCUAUUUCGGUAACCCUUUCUUAGACCUUCCGAACUUCAUUCAAAACUCUGAAGGUAAGUCGCCUAAGAGUAAGGAUGGGAAGCCUAAAAGGCCUACAAAGCUUGCUGCAAUCUUAGUGUUCAUAGCUCUGACAUUAGCAGUCUUAAUAUUUGGGGUAUUGUCACUCAUAGUUUGGUCAUUGAUAAAAAGCCCAUCAGAGUCACCCGGAUAUCUUCUAGAGGAAACAAAAUACCGGCAUGAUUUUGCAUCAAGUUCUAGCGGUUCAUCGCCAUGGUUGUCAGACACAAUCAAGGUUAUUCGGCUAGACAAAACAGCUUUCACACAUGCAGACAUUCUGAAAGCUACUAGUAACUUCUCGGAGGAAAGGAUUAUUGGAAAGGGAGGAUUUGGCACAGUGUAUCGAGGAUCAUUGCCUGAUGGGAGAGAAGUGGCAGUAAAAAAGCUUCAAAGAGAAGGAAUAGAAGGUGAAAGGGAAUUCAGAGCAGAAAUGGAGGUUCUGAGUGGAAAUGGCUUCGGCUGGCCUCAUCCAAACCUUGUGACCCUUUAUGGGUGGUGCUUGAAUGGCUCAGAAAAAAUCCUGGUUUACGAGUACAUGGAGGGGGGAAGCUUGGAAGAUCUUGUCUCAGACCGAACCAGGCUAACAUGGAGGCGACGACUUCAGGUGGCCAUUGAUGUAGCUAGUGCAUUAGUAUUCUUACACCACGACUGCUUUCCUGCCAUUGUGCACCGGGAUGUCAAGGCCAGCAAUGUCCUGCUCGACAAGGAUGGAAAGGCAAGAGUUACAGACUUUGGUCUUGCUAGAGUUGUUGAUGCUGGGGACAGCCAUGUAAGCACGGUGGUGGCGGGGACUAUUGGUUACAUUGCACCAGAAUACGGGCAAAUAUGGCAUGCCACUACCAAAGGCGAUGUGUACAGCUUUGGGGUAUUGGCAAUGGAGCUGGCAACUGGGAGGCGAGCAUUGGAUGGAGGGGAAGAGAGUUUGGUGGAAUGGGCGAGGAGGGUAAUGGGGGUUGGGCAGCAUGGAUUGAGUAGAUUAGUCAUUCCAGUUGUGCUUAUGGGGUCUGGGCUGGCUGAGGGGGCAGAGGAGAUGUGCGAGCUACUUCAGAUUGGUGUGAAAUGUACGGCAGAAUCACCACAAGCUAGACCAAACAUGAAGGAGGUGAUAGCCAUGUUGAUUAACAUAUCUAGCAACAGAGGGUUGUUCAAUUAUGGCUCCUAUCCUUCCUCGUUGUGAUUAAAUCUAGGUUUUCAGAAACUUUCUAUGAGUACUGGAUGCUGCGAAGUUUAUAUACAUGUCAUACACAUAUAUUUUUAUGCUCCUGCAUUUCCUUUUUGUACGCAGAAUUGGUCAUUCAUUUUGUUAAUUCAUGCCUUUUUUACCUGAUGCGUUCGAGUAGUGUGGACUC